UUAUUUUUUAUUUAUUUUAAGUACUACAAGAAGAUGUCUUAUUUAAGGCGAUGUACAUUAUGUAAAACCCUUACUAUGAUGCAGCUAUGCCCCAAAUGUCACGGUUCUACGUCGACAUACAUAAGCGUUCUACCAUUUGAUAAGGAUAGACCCUCGUCUUCACGACAUACGGCAUCCCCUCCGCGUGCUCGUAUAUUGGCAGAGGGUGAAAUAGACCAAUAUUUUUCUACUGAUCAUGGGGAAAACUUCGAAUCGCCUGUAUGUGUGAGCGGCAGAAGCGGGACAAGGUCCGCGUUAAAACCGUCAACAGAAUCCACUGAGAAUCCAAAGAAAAGGGCAAAUUUUUUUAUCCAAGAAAAGAUGGCAUUACACGAUGAACUGAAGCAAACUAAAGUCCAUAUGAUGCGGAAGGCUUUCGAAAUUCUGAGUCUUCACGAUAACGUCAACGCUUCUAAGCGCUCUACCCUGGAGUUGAUAGAAAAGCUCCAUUCGGACAAUCGUACGUUGAGGCAACGGUUAGGUCACUUGGAGCCGCCUUUGGUAGCGAAUGACGUCGAUAGGAUUCCACAAAUCGAAGCCACGCCGGAGGAUUCCGCCCAUUCUCAUUCGAAUCCGUUGGGGACUCUUGACAACCACAAUUGUGUUUUAAGUAUUACGGGUACAUCGACUUCUGAAGACAAACAACCGUCGCUCACGAACGCACUGAAGGAAAUAACCAGACUUCGUGCAUUAUUGAAAGAAAACGAUUCCAAGAAUGAUUGGGUUGCUGAACGAGUCAAAAAAGCCGAGAAGGCCCUUGAUACAUUGGUGGUGCAUCUUAACGCCGCGGAAGCGACUACACAGGCAGGUGGAGAAGCUGACAAAAUUUUGAAUCAAUACGCUAUCACUGACAUUGUGAAUAAUGGUGAGGUCGAUCAUUUUCUAUCAACAUCUUUAGCCAAGAGCUACGCGAAGCUACAUCAACACCAGAACCUUGAUAAGCGGCAUUUCAGAAAUCCUUUCCCUAUACAUAAGGAGGCUCAUUUCUGAAAUGCACUUUCGAGCUCGUAGAAGUGUAGUAACCCAAGAGUUAUGGAAUCUAAAUAUAUUUAUCACCGUGGUGAAUACAAUUAUAAUUACUGUAUUUCUUCCUAGUAGUAUUUUUUCAUAAUUUCAUCUGACCAAAACACUAUCCUGAAUAUAUUCUGUUCAUUUUAUUGUGAACAACAACAGGUAAAUUAAUUAAGUAAGCAUCAAAAGGUCAUUGUGUGUAUAUAUUAAAAAAAUAUGUUUGCAAACCAAAUGGAAA